ACAGGUCCCGGGGCGGCGAGGGGCGGGGCGGGGCGGGGCGGGCGCCCGGGUACCUGCGGCGGCCGGCAGAGGGCAGCCAGGGAGCGCGCCGGGCGGCACGGCCCACCGCCCCCCCAGAGCCCAGAUGUGACUCCUGGCCCUGGCUGGGCACUCGGAGCCAUGGCCGACACCAUCUUCGGCAGUGGGAACGACCAGUGGGUUUGCCCCAACGAUCGGCAGCUUGCUCUGCGAGCCAAGCUGCAGACGGGCUGGUCUGUGCACACCUACCAGACAGAGAAGCAGAGGAAGAGCCAGUGCCUCAGCCCAGCCGAGGUGGAGGCCAUCCUGCAGGUCAUCCAGAGGGCAGAGCGGCUGGAUGUCAUGGAGCAGCAGAGAAUCGGACGACUGGUGGAGCGGCUGGAGACCAUGAGGCGGAACGUGAUGGGGAAUGGCCUUUCCCAGUGUCUGCUCUGUGGGGAGGUGCUGGGCUUCCUGGGAAGUUCAUCAGUGUUCUGCAAAGACUGCAGGAAGAAAGUCUGCACCAAAUGUGGGAUCGAGGCCUCCCCUGGCCAGAAGCGGCCUCUGUGGCUGUGUAAGAUCUGCAGUGAGCAGAGAGAGGUCUGGAAGAGGUCGGGGGCCUGGUUCUACAAAGGGCUCCCCAAGUACAUCCUGCCGCUGAAGACCCCCGGCCGGGCCAAUGACCCCCACUUCCGACCUUGGCCCAUGGAGCCCGCCGAGCAAAAGCCCAGAAGCACUGAGACUGGUCGUGUCUACACAUGGGCCCGAGAGAGAGUGGUUUCCAGUGACAGUGACAGUGACUCGGAUCUCAGCUCCUCUAGCCUGGAGGACAGGCUUCUUCUGACGGGGGUCAGGGAGCCCAAAGGUGCCAAGCCCUAUGGGGAGGCAGGUGGCAGCAUGGAGUCCCCCAAGAUGGGCCCCACCCGCUGGCCCAGCCACCUCAUGGGGAGCCAGAACAGCCUGGCCAGUGAGACCAGGACCAGCUCUGCAGACCCGCAGCCGGGCCCCCACCCUGGCAAGACCCAAAGAGCCCCGGCAAAAGGCACACCUGGGCAAUUCCCCGCUGCUGACACGGCCUCCUAAGGCCCCGUUUGCCUGCCCUGGCAGAGACACGUUUGGUGCAUGGAGCAGACUUUCCAGUGGAAGAGUUUGAGAGAGAAAGAAAACUGGGAGGGUCUGGUGAGCAAGCAAUCUGGAGCCCUCAGCUGGUUGGACGUGACCUCUGACUCAACAAACCAAUGUUUGGGGGGCUGAGUCUCCUUCCCCCCACUCAGUGCCUUUCUGCCCCUUCUCUCCUGGGAGCCCUCCCUCCAGCCCCCACCACAGCCAUCCCACUCAGCCAUGACCUUUAUUUAUUGUCCCUCCCCCGCACCCUCCCCCAGUCCACCUCCAUGUUCAUUUUAAGUUUGCUCUUGUCUUGGGUUGGGCCAGAAAAGCCUGCAGACCCACAUUAUGGGGCGCUCCCAUAUGCACUGCAGUUCUGGAGGGCACUGGGCUGGGCUUUCUCCAUAUUUGGAUUAAUGGAAGAAGAACCCAACCCUGAGCAUUGCCCUUCAAAGCUGAGCUUGGCCCCUAGAGAUAAGCAGUGGGUCCUAGAAUGUGCGGGAUGAGUAGCUCGUCCUCCCUUCCCUCUGCCGAGGGCUCUGAAAGCCAGAGCAGCAUCCUCCCCUUGCUCGAGACUGGCUCAGGAGCUGUUGUCAAAACCUGGCCCUUGCUUGGGUUUCUUGGAACCCCUGUGACAGCCUCCCCAGGUUCUGCUCAGCCUCUCCCCAGCUUAUGGAGCCAGGAGGGGCUCUGGUGGAUACCAUGAAUUCACUCAUUGAAGAGCAGCGUUCCGCUGCAUCCCCAGCUGGGGUACAAGGCUCCCCUAAGCCUUUAAUUCACUUCUCUUCAGUAAGUUCGGUUUGGCAUGAAAAAUAAUUAAUUCAGAGUGUGAGCAGAUGCUUCUGGAAAACCCUUCCCUGAAGACAGAGAUUGAGAGAGAGAGAGAGAGAGUGUGUGUGUGUGUGUGUGUGUAUUGGUGUCUUCAUCUGUCCAUCCUGCCACUCUCCCACUGUCCCCCACACCUGGUCCUGGAAGGGCCUUCUCUCUGGGCUCUCAGGCCCCCACCAUUAGGCUUUUUGCCCUUGCCACUGGCAGAUGGUAAAAAGACUGACUGUUUCCCUGUGACAAGUUAUGCUUCAGAAUUGUAACAAUAAAGAUUAGAAUUUGCAUUGA